CUUCUCUCUUGCUCUCGGCUUCCCGCGGGCGCUCCCCGCCCUCUGCUGCCAGAACCUCGGGGAUGUGCCUAGACCCGGCGCAGCGCACGUCCCAGCCAACUGUGUGCAGAACAAACUUCUGGCCGCUCUCCAGGAGGCUCCCUCCCUGCUCCCGCCCCCCGCCAGCGCCUUUUCCCCCCAUACAAUACAAGAUCUUCCUUCCUCAGUUCUAUUAAAUCACAACCCAGGGAAACCUCCUCAGAGCCUGCAUCCAGCCACGCGCCAGCAUGUCUGGGGGCAAAUACGUAGACUCCGAGGGACAUCUCUACACUGUUCCCAUCCGGGAACAGGGCAACAUAUACAAGCCCAACAACAAGACCAUGGCAGACGACAUGAACGAGAAGCAAGUGUACGACGCUCACACCAAGGAGAUCGACCUGGUCAAUCGCGACCCCAAGCAUCUCAACGACGACGUGGUCAAGAUUGACUUUGAAGAUGUGAUUGCAGAACCAGAAGGGACACACAGUUUCGACGGCAUCUGGAAAGCCAGCUUCACCACCUUCACUGUGACCAAAUACUGGUUUUACCGCUUGCUGUCUACCAUCUUUGGCAUCCCAAUGGCACUCAUCUGGGGCAUUUAUUUUGCCAUUCUCUCUUUUGUGCACAUCUGGGCAGUUGUACCAUGUAUCAAGAGCUUCCUGAUUGAGAUUCAGUGCAUCAGCCGUGUCUAUUCCAUCUACAUCCAUACCGUCUGCGAUCCACUCUUUGAGUCUAUUGGCAAGAUAUUCAGCAACAUCCGCAUCAACCUGCAGAAAGAAAUAUGAAUGACAUUUCAAGAAUGGAAGAAUUCCUGAUUCUUUUUGGUUUUCCUUAUAAUUUCCUUGGUGCCAAUUUCAAGUUUCAAGUUGUUAGUCCGGCAACAACUAUGAAUGGUUUGUCUUGGUUCGGAUCAAAGAAAUCACUUGCUCAGUUUUUAUAACAGUUACUUGGUAUCUGAACUAUUGCAUCUGUUUUUGGCAGCCUGAAGUUUUUAAACCCAUUCCAGUAUUUUCUCUUGAUUGGCAGGCAGGUCAUUGUUUUAUUGGCUGAAAUAUAAAAGCAUUGUUGGAAGAUGAUUUGAUGAGACUAGGAAGAACUGGGGGAGGGGGAAGAGAACCAAAAACCUCAACUGCCUACUCUAAAAUAUUGAUCAUGCCAUAGGAAAGGAAGAAUUCCAGGCUGGUGCCACAGGCAUAGAGGCAUGUGGGUAGUUUUAAGCAGACUUUCCCCCAACAAUUUGAGGAGUUAAAGUUGCUGUCAUUUCUCUUACUAAUCCAGUGGGAUCUAGUAGCCCUUAACAUGUUACAAACCAUAAUCUCCUUCAUGCUCCAGACCACACUAAUGUCUUAUUCUUCUUGACAUUCUAACCUGUAAUACUUUGUAUGCUUGAUUAUUUGUUGUACUGAUAAUAAGUCCUAAGUGCCUUCCAAUUUUUAAUUUUUCCUUUUCAAAUAGGGUCUGAUUCAUUGACUUUUAUUAGAUCAGCAGCUUUCCUGGGAACCAAACAGAAAAUCCACCACCUAGCUCCCUAUGCUUGUUUCUGACUCUGAGACACAGAACUUGGUGGUGCUCAUGUCUGCACUUGGUCACGUAGCAUCUUUCUCCACAAGAAGUAUGGUCAACAUUAACCCAGUGAAAUGAAUUAAAGUGGACAAAUGUGUCUGAGCCCUCUCUGGGCUGGCAGGAAUAGAAGCCAGGUUUCCCUGCCUCUCAGCAGCUGAAUGAGGUCAGCAUGUCUAUUCAGCUUCAUUUAUUUUCAAGAAUAAUCAUGCACUCCUGAUUUCAAACUAAUCCAUCACCAGGGUGGUUUAGUGGUUCAACAUUGUGCUCCUUAUUCAUCUGAUCAGUGGGCCUCCAGGGAAGGGCUGUCAGAACGGAGGCCAUUGUGUGAGACUGCCUAAGCCCUGGCAAGCAUGCCCCUUCCACGCAUCGCACUCUAAAUGGUCUGGUCUGCUGAUGCUCGGCCCCUCCCCCUGCCAGGAUUCUUGGACCUGAUCCAAGCAUCAUUUUGCUCAGAGAGAAGAUGGGGAGGAGGCAGCAAUAAAAGCUUGAGGUAAUUUUUGCUGGAACAAGUUCAAGUUCUUCUGAACUCAAACUGAGGAAUUUUACCUGUACACCUGAGUCAUCCAGAAAGCUGCCUGGUACAUCCGAGAGCUUUUUAUCCCUCCUGCUCACAUUGCAACUCUGCCCUUGAGAGUACUUUAUAAUUGCUAGUUAGGCUUUUAUUUUCCAUUUUCAUACAUUUAGUGGCAUUCUUCUUGACUUUUUUCUUUGCCUCCUUCAGUUUUUCUAUCACUUUGACUACCAACCUGUUACUUACUUUGAUUGUUUGCAUUCAAAACAGACACUGGCAUGGACAUAGUUUGACUUUUAAACUGUGUACAUAACUGAAAAUGUACUAUACUACAUACUUUUUAAGUGUAAAGGUAUUUUUUAUCUUUAUAUAAGGAAAAUCACUUGGAAAAAGUCUUGUGGUUCAGUUUCUAAACUGUGUAUCCCAAGACAUGUCUGUUCUUCCUACAUGCUUAGUCUGUCAAGCGAGUCAAUUGCUGGUCCAAAACAUUAUGAAAAUUUUAUAUGCUUACUGAUAUAUUUUACACAUUUUUAUGCUGCAUGUCCUAUAAAGAUUUCAAAUCUGCACAAUAAAAAGUUUUAACAGUUGAA